AUGAUUUAAUCUAGCUUUGCUAUAAUUGCUUAUCUGAAUUGUAUAAUCUAAGUUUUUGGAAUUCAAGAAACUGUAUCAGAUUCAUUUUCAGAAAGUACGUUUUCUGAUGCUGAUGGUAAUUAAAAUUCAUAAAAUUUAGGUUGGGUUGUAAUUGGAGCAGGUAAGAUCUAUAAAAUAUAAUAGUAUUGAUUCCUCUAAUUUACAUGAGUUUAUUGUGUAUGUCGAUUAGUCGAAUGCGUAUUAGGUUUAAGUGUCUCCAACACAAGCGAAUUCAAUGUGUGGAAAUGAGGCAGUGGGCGACGCAUGCUUGAAUUCGAAGGUAACAAUUGGUCAUUCAAGUUCUACAGCCAUAAUUUUGAUCACUAGUACUAUGACAGCUGAUUCUGUAAAAAAUUAGAAUAUUUUUAAGUAAUUUUGGGGAAUUAGAGCUAUCACUAUAUAUGUUGAUAAAUGUCCCGAUGGAUGCUUACUAUGCAACGCUACUGAUUUAGCUAUUUAAUGCUUAGUUUGGUAGGUAUUCUAUAGAAGUUGGACCUAACUAAAUGUAAAUGAAAUAUCAUCCAAUGGAUGGAAUGUAAAAAAUGGAAUUUCUGAAGCAACAUAAUGUGGAUGUAAAAAUAAUGAAUAUAAAUUAGCUACGGCUUUAUUUGGUGGUUCUACAAAAUUUUAAAUUGCAACUGUUGUCAGUCAGUCCUUUUCUAACAUUCCAAAGCAUGAUAAAAUGAAGAUUUCAUUUUUAUUGGCGAAAAUUGACGAUUGGUUUAAUUACUAAGUAUAGCUAACAGUAGAUGGUACUCUGGUUUGGAAAAAAGUAUUUGGAUCGGGUGAUGGUUACAAUUGGUAUAUUUGUGGAGUGGAAUAAUAAUAUAAAACAUAGUUUUAUAGAGUUGAAGUAGAAUUAUAUCAUGAGAGAAGUCAAUUAGAUGUCUCUUUUUCUUCUAUAACUCAAAAAGUAAAAGUAACGCCAUAAUCAUAUGGCAUCAGAGAUUUAGUAAUUUAUAUUAGAUACUGCCCUUAAGGAACGUAUUGGACUGGGGUUAUCGAUUUAAUAUGUCAAUGUAAUUGUCAGUUGAGUUAGUUUAGAUUGCCAUAAUUCAUGUUACAAAUGUGAUGGCCCAAAAUCAGAAGACUGUACUGAUUGUGGAGACCCUAUGAUAUAUUAAAAAUAAUUAGUGGCUGGUCAAUGUUCAUGCUUAGAAAGAACAGUUUAAUAGGAUAAUAUUGAUGGGACUACUUCAUGCUUUUGUAUUUAGUCUUAAUUAUGCUUGUUAGCUUGCCAUCCUAAAUGUGAGAGGUGUUAUAAACCUUUUGAUAAUACUGUUAAUUAAUAUUGCACAAUGUGUUUAUAAGGAUAGAAUAGAGUUGUUUCUGAUUUAUUUAUGUGUGUUUGUAGAACAGGUUAUGGUGACGAUGGCAUUUCUGAAGUUUGCUUUAGUAAUUAUUUUUUUUAUUUUAGAAUGUCAUUAUUCAUGUGAACAUUGUAAUGGUUUCUUAGCAAAUAAUUGUACAACCUGCUUAUCCUCCUCCAAUCGUAUUUUGACUUCUGAGAGUCAAUGUUUAUGCAAAUUAGGAUACUUUGAUACUGGAACCAACGAUGUCUUUUGUAAAAGUAAAUUAAUAAACAUCUUAAUUUUACAGAAAUUUGCCAUAAUGCAUGUUCUAGUUGUACUUUACCUGGAGUAGAUUAAUGUACAAGUUGUCCAGUUACAAGACAACCAGAUAUAAUAGGAGCCAACUUUCAAUGCUUGUGCAAAAAUUCUCACUAAUAUAGUGAUGAUACAAAAUUAGAAUGUUAGGAAUGUCAUUUCACUUGCUUGAUUUGUUAUGGAGGUUAGGAGAGUAAUUGUUUAACCUGCGACAUUGCUUAUCGGCAAUUUUCAAUGUAGAAAUGUAUUUGUCCUAAUGGAUAUUAUGACUAAGGCUAAUUAAUCUGCUCCCGUAAUUAUUAAGAGUAUUAAAAGCUUGCCAUUAUAAGUGCAUGACCUGCUUUGGUCCAGCUGAAAAUAAUUGUCUGACAUGUGCGAAUAGUAACAAUAGAAUAUUGAAGAAUAAUAUAUGUUUAUGUCCAGAUAUGUACUUGGAAAAUUAGGCUGACCCUAUGUGCUACAGUAAAUAUUAUAGUAAAGACUAGAAUGUUCAUAUCGAUGUUCUAGUUGUAGUGUUAAAACAGAAAAUUGUACAGCUUGUCCACUCUAAUCUUAUAGAGAUCUAGGAACAGAUAAUGCAUGUUCUUGCCAAACUAAUAUGUAUGAAUAACCUAAUAAUCCAAUUUGCAUUCGUAUUUAUAUAUAAUUCAAACUAGCCUGUCAUUAUACUUGCUUAACAUGUAAUGGACCUGAAUCAAAUUAAUGCACAUCCUGUUAUACUUAAAUUAUGAGACAAUUGGAUCCAUUAGGGUCUUGUUUAUGUAUGAAUAGUUACUAUGAUCCUGGACAAGCUGGUUGUUUAGGUAUUAAUCAAAUUAUAUUUUUAGCAUGCAAUCCCCGUUGUUUGAAUUGUGAAAACUUUGCAGAUAAUUGUAUCUCUUGUAAAUCAGAUAGAUUCUUACAGGGCAAUACUUGUAUUUGCCCAAAUAAGAUCAAUGGUGUCCUCAUUAGCAAAUACGAAAAACCAGGCAAAGUUGAUUGUCUAAGUUAGAUCUAAUUAAUUUAACAUAGGUUGUCAUUAUUCUUGCUUAGAAUGUAAUGGAUCUGAAUUUAAUCAAUGUACUAAAUGUUUGGAUAGUGAAGGUAGAAUUUUGAUUAAUUCUACUUGUGUUUGUGCCUCACCAAAUGUUGAUAUUGGAUAACCAUAAUGUUAAUGUUAAUGUAUACUUGUAAACCUAAAUAUUAGAAUGCCACUAUAGAUGUGAAACUUGUGAAAAUAUACUUACAAAUUGUUUAACUUGUGCUCCAAACACUUUUAGAACUUUAUCCAUUUCACGAUGUAUUUGUUAACAAGGAUAUUUUGAUGAUGGAUCUAAUCCUAUAUGCUAAAGUAUUUUAGAAUUAUAUUAUUAAUAGAAUGCCACUAUUCUUGUUAGUAUUGCUCCUCUUUUUCUACAAAAUGUGAUACAUGCUCAUCUACAUUCAAUAGAGUAUUAAAUCCAUUGAUGUUUACUUGUAAUUGUAAGGAAUCUUAUUAUGAUAUUGGAAAUGAAGAUUGUUAGAAAUGUCAUUAUUCUUGUUUGGCUUGUAAUUCUUUUGGAAAUGAAGUUUGUGAAUCCUGUAAAGACGUGUCAAUUUCUUUUAGAUUUUUUAAUAAAGGAGUCUGCGAUUGUUUGCCUGGAUAUUUUGAUGAUGGAGUCUCUCCUGAUUGUAAGAAAUGCUAAAUUUCAUGUUUGACUUGUUAAAACACUGCAACUUAUUGUACAUCAUGUGAAUAAACGAGAUAUUUUGAAGGAAAUAGUUGUUUAUGUAAUACAGGUUAUUUUGAAAUUGAUCAAGUUUUAUGUGAAAAAUGUGAUCAGAAGUGUCAAAGUUGCUCAAUUAAUGCUAAGAUGUGUACUGAAUGUGAUUCAAUGAGAAUUCUUAAUUAAGUAACUAAAACUUGCAUUUGCAAGCCUGGAACUACUGAAAUCGAUGGAUAAUGCUAAGAUUGUGAUAUUACUUGUAAUACUUGUUAAAAUUCAAUAACUGAUUGCUCUUCUUGCAAAUUUUUGAGAUUAUUAACUGACAAUUAAUGCAACUGUAUAGAUGGUACAUAUGAGAACAGCAAUGAUAAAUAGUGUUUGUAUUGCAAUAAAACAUGCCAAACAUGUAUCAACUAAGAGAACUAUUGUACAACUUGUUCAGAAGAUAAUUUUCGAAUACUUUCUUUAGGAAAUGUUUGUGUUUGAAAGGAUGGAUAUUAUGAAGAUACAGUUUCUUUAGAUUGUAAACCUUGCGACUCUUCUUGUUUAACUUGUAAUAUAUUUCCUACUUAUUGUCUAACUUGUAAUGCUUUGUACAACCUCAGUCUGGAUGCCUCAAAUAAAUGCGUUUGUUCUCCAGGUUUCUAUUUUAAUUCCUCAAAUUUAAAUUGUUAAGGUAUAAUUAUAUAUAUUCAGCUUGUUAUAUUUAGUGCUUAGAAUGUAAGUCAUAUUCAGAAUGCAUAGAGUGUGAAGAUUUUACGAGAUAUUUUGAUCCAGAUAAUUUUGAAUGUCCAUGCAAAGAUGGAUAUUAUGAGGUUACUGCAAAGAAAUGUUAAUGUAAAAAAUAUAUUAAUAUCAUAAGUAUGCGAUUAUAGUUGCAGGACUUGCUAAACUUCACCUACAGAAUGUUUAUCAUGUGAACCACUUUAUCAUAGACUUUUAAACUCUAAUUAAUGUAUUUGUUAGGAUGGAUAUUAUGAUAUUGGGAUUGAGAUGUGUUAACUAUGCAAUCCAAUUUGUUUGACUUGUUGGAAAUCUUCAACUUAAUGUACUUCUUGCAACUAACCCCAACAAUUUAGAUUAUUGAAUUUAAAUCAAUGUAUUUGUUAAAGUGGAUAUUAUGAUAUCGGUUAAUUGGUUUGCUAAAGUAAAAUUAUUAUUAACUUAUAGAGUGCUCCAACUAAUGUCUCACUUGCUAAGGGUAAUAAGAUUUUUGUACAAGUUGUGAUAUUUAUCAAUAUCGAAUUGAUCAAUCUAUUAUUAAUAAAUGCCCUUGUUAAUAAGGUUUUUAUUAAGAUAUCAACGAAAUAUGUUAAAGUAUUAUUUGUUUAUUAAAUCAGAAUGCCAUUAUAAAUGUUAAACCUGUGUUUAGAAAAAAGAUAAUUGUUUAAGUUGUGUUUAAUCUUAAACUUCAAAUAGACUAAGCAUCUCUAAAAAUUGUAAUUGUAAGGAUGGGUACUAUGAUAAUGAUAUGUAAUCGGAUUGCUUAAAAUGCAGUCCAUAAUGUAAAUUGUGUUAAAACUCAUCAAAAAAUUGUUUAACAUGCUAUGGCGAUCUGAGAGAAGCACCCCCUAAUUGUAACUGUAAACUUGGCUAUUUUGAAAACUUGCUUGGGAUUUGUGAACGUAAUCCAUUAUCCUUAUAAUAUAGCUUGUGAAAAUAAAUGUUAUAGUUGUGAAAAGACUCCAUCUAAUUGUUUAUCAUGCUAAGAAGGGAGAAUUACUCAACUUUGUAUUUGUUAAGAUGGGUAUUAUGAAAGAGGAUAACCUCAUUGUGAUUGUAUUUUAGUUAUUUAUACUCUAAGAAUGUUCGUUUUAAUGUAAAACAUGCAAGGAUUCCUCAGUAAAUUGUUUAAGUUGCAAAGGAGAUCGGAUUAAAAUACCUAUCUGUUCAUGUCCUGAAGGAUAUUAUGAUGAUUACUUGAAUGAUUCGUGUUAGGUUUGUAAUUGGUUAUGCUAAACAUGUAACCUAGAUGGCUGUCUAACAUGUAAAGCUAAUAGGAUCUUAUCUCCUGAAAUGUCUUGUGAUUAACCACCAGGUUCUGUCAGUUAUCCUGAUACUCCAUGGUGUUCAAGUAUUAAUUUAUAUGAAUAUUCAAGCAUGUUAAGUAGCUGUACUCAAAAUUAGGCUUUCUGAUGACUUACUGUCUAUAUAGGUCAAAUUCGACUUUCCCUUGAAUCCGCAUUUUUUCACUACACAAUUUUAAGAAAAUAUUUGUUAAAAAAUAUUAGAAGAUCAAACUUAUUAAUUAUUUGGUAGGAAUCCUAAUUGUUAUAUUGACCCUAAUGAUGCUACAAUAAUAAUAUUAGGAUUGGGAUAAUAACCUAGGAUUCUUCCAGGAGAUUUGAUCUUGUUCUAAAGAAACUAUUUGGGUCAUUAAGGUUGCGAUUAGCCAUUAGUUAUUUUUAUCUUUAAUGAAAUUAAAAGUCCCGUAAACCCACAAUCUCCAAUCCUAAUAUACGAUGAACCUACUUAUUUAAUAAAUCCUUGUGAUGAUAAUAUAAUCCCUUUGAAAUCAAUAUUAAAUGAUGGACUUAGAAAUUUUGUUAGUAUAAAAUGGACAUAUUUUGUAAUUGGCCCUAAUGGCAAUGGUGAUAUAGAUAACUUUAUUGCUUCAUAAACAAAAUACUAAAUGUUAUCAUUAAUAAUCCCAUUCUAAACUCUACCAAGAUAGUCCAAUAUUACCUUCGAAAUAGAAUUUCAAAAUUUUGUUGCAAAAUAAGGUGUUCAAUCAAUUAGAAUAUAAACCAAUUCUGGUCGUUUUCCCACUAUCUUUUGGGUUUCCAAACCUACAUAUUACACCUUUGAACCUAUUGUUUUGGAAUUUAAUAUUAAAAAAAGGGCUUGUUCAGAUAUAAAUGCUACUUAAGUUGAUAACUCUUAAUUUUUUUUAUCAUUAGUUGAAGUCCAUAAAAACGAUUCCAAUUCCAGGUCAUCAAGAGUAAAUUAUUCAGAAAUCACAGGUCAAAAUAGUUUUAUUGUUANAAAGUAAAAUUAUUAUUAACUAUAGAGUGCUCCAACUAAUGUCUCACUUGCUAAGGGUAAAAAGAUUUUUGUACAAGUUGUGAUGUUUAUCAAUAUCGAAUUGAUCAAUCGAUUAUUAAUAAAUGCCCUUGUUAAUAUGGCUUUUAUUAGGAUAUCAACGAAAUAUGUUAAAGUAUUAUUUGUUUAUUAAAUCAGAAUGCCAUUAUAAAUGUUAAACCUGUGUUUAGAAAAAAGAUAAUUGUUUAAGUUGUGUUUAAUCUUAAACUUCAAAUAGACUAAGCAUCUCUAAAAAUUGUAAUUGUAAGGAUGGGUACUAUGAUAAUGAUAUGUAAUCGGAUUGCUUAAAAUGCAGUCCAUAAUGUAAAUUGUGUUAAAACUCAUCAAAUAAUUGUUUAACAUGCUAUGGCGAUCUGAGAGAAGCACCCCCUAAUUGUAACUGUAAACUUGGCUAUUUUGAAAGUUUGCUUGGGAUUUGCGAACGUAAUCCAUUAUCCUUAUAAUAUAGCUUGUGAAAAUAAAUGUUAUAGUUGUGAAAAGACUCCAUCUAAUUGUUUAUCAUGCUAAGAAGGGAGAAUUACUCAACUUUGUAUUUGUUAAGAUGGGUAUUAUGAAAGAGGAUAACCUCAUUGUGAUUGUAUUUUAGUUAUUUAUAUUCUAAGAAUGUUCGUUUUAAUGUAAAACAUGCAAGGAUUCCUCAGUAAAUUGUUUAAGUUGUAAAGGAGAUCGGAUUAAAAUACCUAUUUGUUCAUGUCCUGAAGGAUAUUAUGAUGAUUACUUGAAUGAUUCUUGUUAGGUUUGUAAUUGGUUAUGCUAAACAUGUAACCUAGAUGGUUGUCUAACAUGUAAAGCUAAUAGGAUCUUAUCUCCUGAAAUGUCUUGUGAUUAACCACCAGGUUCUGUCAGUUAUCCUGAUACUCCAUGGUGUUCAAGUAUUAAUUUUUAUGAAUAUUCAAGCCUGUUAAGUAGCUGUACUCAAAAUUAGGCUUUCUGAUGACUUACUGUCUAUUUAGGUCAAAUUUGACUUUCCCUUGAAUCCGAAUUUUUUCACUCCUCAAUUCUAAGAAAAUAUUUGUUAAAAAAUAUUAGAAGAUCAAACCUAUUAAUUAUUUGGUAGGAAUCCUAAUUGUUAUAUUGAUCCUAAUGAUACUACAAUAAUAAUAUUAGGAUUGGGAUAAUAACCUAGAAUUCUUCCAGGAGAUUUGAUCUUGUUCUAAAGAAACCAUUUGGGUCAUAAAGGUUGUGAUUAGCCAUUAGUUAUUUUUAUCUUUAAUGAAGUUAAAAGUCCCGUAAACCCACAAUCUCCAAUCCUAAUAUACGAUGAACCUACUUAUUUAAUAAAUCCUUGUGAUGAUAAUAUAAUCCCUUUGAAAUCAAAAUUAAAUGAUGGACUUAGAAGUUUUGUUGGAAUAAAAUGGACAUAUUUUGUAAUUGGCCCUAAUGGCAAUGGUGAUAUAGAUAACUUUAUUGCUUCAUAAACAAAAUACUAAAUGUUAGAAUUAGUAAUCCCAUUCUAAACUCUACCAAAGUAGUCCAAUAUUACCUUCGUAAUAGAAUUUCAAAAUUUUGUUGCAAAAUAAGGUGUUCAAUCAAUUAGAAUGUAAACCAAUUCUGGCCGUUUUCCCACUAUCUUUUGGGUUUCCAAACUUACAUAUUACACCUUUGAACCUAUUGUUUUGGAAUUUAAUAUUAAAAAAAGGGCUUGUUCCGAUAUAAAUGCUACUUAAGUUGAUAACUCUUAAUUUUUUUUAUCAUUAGUUGAAGUCCAUAAAAACGAUUCCAAUUCCAGGUCAUCAAGAGUAAAUUAUUCAGAAAUCACAGGCCAAAAUAGUUUUAUUGUUAUUAUUGAUAGAUAUACUUUGACUCCAAUGGUAGCAUAUACUUUUGAAUAAACAACAAGUGAUGUAAUAGUGAAUUUUUCAACUAAAAGAAAUAUAACAAUAGAAAUUAGCUCAGGAGGUAUUAUGUGUCAAUUUAAUGGUACCAAAAAGAUUUAGAAUCAUAGGAAAGAUACUUAAAUAUUCAUCUCAUGUAAAGAUUUAGAUACUUAAUAUAACUGGAAUUAGGAUCCUGAUAUUGAAAUCGAUGUCGAGUGUAUUGACUUUAAUAGGAAUUCACAAUGUGUGGAUAUAUAAAAUAAAAUAAUCCAAAUUAAUAGAACUGAUACUUUCCAAGCCAUUCCCAAAUACACCAUAAAUCCGUAUUCUAUUUAAAGUUGGACUGUAGUGGCUAAAAAGCGAUCACGCUCAUAUAAAUUUGAAUAAAAAUUGGUAUAUAUAGAUGAAAAUUUUGGAUUAUUGAAUAUCGCCCACAAUUAAUGGUAUUUAAUGAGACCAGUCAAUAACUAUGAAAAUUUGGAGUUCAUCAUUAAUAUUCCUUUUCAAAAUAGGUAGUAUCUUCUAGAAUUUCAAGUUGCUAUCAUUUAUAAUUUUGAACUCAUAAAGAUAUUGCAAUCUGAAUACUUUUAAUUCUAAUUUAAUAUAUUUGAUUAUUAUUAGAAAUUUUCAGAGGGAAAUAAAAUUAAUUUGAAAUUUUUGGCAUAGUUCACUAAUGAGAUCAUACCUUGCCAGGAGGAUUUAUAAUUAACGGUCAAUUUACCUCCUUCCUGUAUAGUGAGCUUGAGUGAAUAAAUAGUUCAAGCAUUAAAACCUUUAAAGAUAAUUACAAAUUGCCAUUUUUCAAUUAAUGCUCCAUUUACUUACCAAUUAAGAUAUGUUCUUCAUAAUUAACAUUUAGUUGAUUUUUUGGAUCGAACAAAUGAUUAUUCGUUAAUUUUGAGUAGUUAUUCAAGCUCAUAUUAUAUUGAAAGCACUUUUCCAUUUUCUGAUGGUUUUCUUCUAAUUUAAGCAAUGGAUUCUAAGGGAUCGUACUCAAACAUUUAGAAAUAGUUAAAUAUAACUUAGACUGUGCUUAAUUGUUCCUAGAUACAAAUUCAGCAAUUUACUUUAAGAUAUCAAAUUUCAUUAUUAUUUGAAAUUAUAAUGAACCAUAAAGAAUAAUAAUAUUGUAUUGAUCUUUCCAAAUAAUUGUAUUCAAAUAUCAAAACCUUUUUAAAUGCAGAAGAGAAUGAUGAUCAAUUAUUAGUUUAUCAAACAGCGAAACUGUAUAAAAGAAUAAUACAAGAGCAUGUUAAUGUAAACUCCAAAAAGAGAUUAUUAACUGAGAAUUCAGUGAGUUGCUUUUAAAAUUCUACAAAAUCCUUUUAUGUCUAAAGUACACUGCAUAAUGCUUCAUCAACAAUUACUGCUUCUAGUUUGCAAGCAGAAUUACAAUAUAUGAAUGCUACUGUUCAGAAAAUGAUAACAAUGCUAAUAGAUAUUAAAGAUUAAAUUAACUAAAAUGACGUGUUUUUGAAUGAAAACCUUUAUUAGAGUAAAGUAGCUGUUUUGGACUCUUUAUUAGGGGCAUAGCUUUUAAUAGAGGAUGUAUUUCUUAAGAUACCAAUGGCACCCAUUAAUUCUAAAUUAGAUAAAGAAUAGAUUAUUAAUAUAGCAGAGGGGUUGAUUGGUCUUUUAGAUGAAAUUUCAUUGUAUGUUAACGUUUAGGCAAAAGUAAAUGGCUCUCCUUUAAUUAAUGACGGGUAAAUUAUAAAAUGGUAGUUGUCCAAAAUUACUAAAGGAAGGUUUAAUGCGGAAUUUAAUAUUGAAAGAGAUUAGUUAGAUGAUUUGAUUGACUUUGUUCAAAAAGAACAAAUAGAAUUAAAUUACAAUUAUUUAAAUCUAUCUCAACAAUUAUAAACAUAAUUGUAAACAUUCUUUAAUAUAACCACCCUAUAAAUAAAUGAGAAUACAUAAAAGAAAAUUUAUCUAUCAAAUCAUCUUUAUAAUAAUCGUUCUCUUUAUUAUUAGGAUCCACUUACAACAUAUAUAAUAGAUAUGAUGUAAAUUCCAUACUGUUAAGAAUAGGUUCCUUUAGAAAAACCAUAUUAAUAUGAUUGUGCUAAUAUAAAUAUGGAAGGAUAAGUAUAUAAAUGUGAUUUUGUAACUGAGGAAAUUAAUAAUACAACUGUGUAAGUAUCUUGCAGAUGUCAAAAAUUAGGAAUUAUCUUUUUAAUCUAAUAUCCCAACAACUCAGCUAUAUAAUAAAAUAGCACUUAUGAUUCUUAGGAAAAUAGAAUUGAAAAUUCAAAUGUAAAAUUAGAUGAAUAACCAAUUUUAUUAUUUCAAGGCAUUUUCAUAGUUUUUUCUUUCCUCAUUUAUUAUGAAUUACUUUAAAUCGAAAAGAGAUCUAAAUAAUUACGAAUAGAAUCCAGAUUAGAAACAGAAAAUAGCAUAGAUGAAGCUUUGAAAUAAGGAAAAACUUAGUAAAUUAUCUUUUAUCCAGGAAAUUUUGCUCUAUUCAAAAAAUACUUCAAAGUAAAUGGCAUUAUUAAUAUCUAGUUUAUUCAUGAAGUAUUAUCCUGCUUUUAUAUGAACGACCCUAUUCUUCCAAAAAGUUAUCGAUUUUUAUAGCUAUCAAUAAAAAUAAGUAUUUUCAUCUUAUUUACAUUUUUGUAAAUAAAUUUGAUAGAUAUAUAUCCAAUAUUCAUAAUAUUAUUCGUCAAUAGCGGAAUUUACUUACUUAUUAGAUUGGUUCUAAAGAUAGUUCAGUCAGUUUACAGAUUCAGUGGGAAAUGUAGCAAUUCUAUUGUAAUCUUUUAUCUGCUAAUACAUAUAUUAUGUUAUUUAGGGGUUGUUUUAUAAUUGAAGGAAUGGUAAAUAAGUAUUUAUCUUUUUAGUUAAUUAGACAUUUAAAUAAUUAAUUUUGAAGUUUCACUUAUUAUAAUAGGCUCACUCUUUUAAUUUUAUGUCAUUAUGGAACCAAUUAUGAUAUUUUCAAGAAUAUUUCUUUUUAGACAUAUCGCCAUGUAAAGUAGACAUUAAACAAUUACUCCUUUGAAUUAACUAAUCUACUUUUUUGUUUAGCAUAACACGUUAGAUCAACAUCUUAAUAAUUAUUGA